AUGGCACAGUGUCAUCCACUGGUAACUCGUUUAGUCGCUUCAUCAGUUACAGCAGCAACACAAGCAGGAAAAAUAAUUCGUGAAAUAUUCACACAAGGGGAUUUAAAUAUUAUUGAUAAAGGAGUAAAUGAUUUGCAAACUGAAGCUGAUCGUUCUGCACAAAGUUGUAUUAUAGAAUCGCUGAGCAGACAGUUUCCUGAUAUUACGAUAAUUGGAGAAGAGGGAACGUCCCAAUGUCAAGUCCCGCCAGAGUGGAUCGUCAAUGAUUUAGAUCCAGAUGUAAUGAAGGUUAAACUUCCUGAUUAUCUAGAAAAUGUUUCUCCAAAAGACGUAUGCGUUUGGGUUGAUCCUCUUGAUGGUACUUCUGAAUUCACUCAAGGAUUAGUAGACCACGUGACAGUGUUGGUUGGUGUAGCGGUUGGGAAAAAAACUAUUGGAGGUGUAAUUCAUCAGCCUUACUAUAAAGAUGUACAAAAAUCUUCACUAGGACGUACUUUGUGGGGUAUUGAUAAAGUCGGCAUUGGUGGUUUUAAACCGAUUCCACCACCAUCUGGCAAACGAAUAAUCACUACUACACGAUCGCAUUCAAAUAAAACAGUUCAAGCAGCUUUAGACGCAAUGGAACCUGACGAAAUUAUUCGAGUAGGAGGUGCUGGUCAUAAAGUAAUGCUCCUAUUAGAAGGUAAAGCGAAUGCUUACGUAUUUGCAAGCUCAGGGUGUAAAAGAUGGGACACUUGUGCUCCAGAAGCAGUGUUGAACGCUGCAGGAGGAACUCUCACAGAUCUCAAUGGUGAACAUUAUCCGUACAACGCUGAAACUGAACAUCCAAAUACUAAAGGAGUAUUGGCUACAGCUCCUGGUGAACAGCAUUCGUGGUAUUUAUCGCGCAUUCCCGAUCAAGUUAAACAAGAAUUAUAA